AUGAGAGCUUCUUAUCUCCAUUUUCUGCUUCUAGUAUUUGGACUCUUAUCUUGUAAUGCAACAAAACUUGGAUUUAGUUUUGAUUUGCAUGAUUCUAAAGUCAGGUGCAUAGAGGAGGAACGACAAGCACUCCUCCAAUUCAAACAACACCUUGUAGAUCGUUCCCAUUGGCUAUCUUCUUGGGACAGUGGUGAAGAUUGUUGCAAGUGGGAAGGAAUUAAAUGCGGCAACAAAACAGGUCAUGUUGUUACGCUUCAUCUACGAUCAGAUUGGUGGUAUGUUGAACCUGCAACUAAACAUCUAGAAGGUGAGAUAAGCUCUUCAUUACUUGGAUUGCAGUAUUUGACUUAUCUGGACUUAAGUUACAAUAACUUUUCUGAGAAACCUUUCCCAAACUUUGUUGGCUCACUCACUAAAUUACAACAUCUCAAUCUUUCAUAUACCUUUAUAGCCGGAACCAUUCCACAACAGUUAGGAAAUCUCCUGGGAUUGAUUUCUCUUGAUCUCAGCAUGAAUUUUGAUCUGACGGAGGCACAUCAUCUUGAUUGGUUAAUUCAUCUUCCAUCCUUAAUGCACUUGGACCUAAGCGGUGUUAACCUCAUGCAGGUAGUCAAUUGGCCCAAUAAGGUUAUGAUGCUCCCUUCUUUGAUACACUUGAGUCUAAUCGAUUGUAGUCUCUCCACAUCGACUCCUCAGUUGCGUUCCAUCAAUGCUAAUUCCUCAUCAAAACUUCUAUUUCUAGAUCUUUCUUACAAUUAUGAUUUGAUGGAGGCACAAAAUCUUGAUUGGUUAAUUUAUCUUCCAUCCUUAACACACUUGGACCUAAGCGGUGUUAACCUUAGCCAGGUACUCAAUUGGCCCAAUAAGGUUAUGAUGCUCCCUUCUUUGAUACACUUGAGUCUCUCCAGUUGCAAUCUCUCCACAACAACUCCUCAGUUGCUUUCCAUCAAUGCUAAUUCCUCAUCACAACUUCUAUUUCUAGAUCUUUCUUACAAUUAUGAUUUGAUGGAGUCACAGAAUCUUAAUUGGUUAAUUUAUCUUCCAUCCUUAACACACUUGGACUUAAGUGGUGUUAACCUCAACCAGGUAUUCAAUUGGCCCAAUAAGAUUAUGAUGCUCCCUUCUUUGAUACACUUGAGUCUACGUGAUUGCAGUCUCUCCACAACUACCCCUCAAUUGCUUUCCAAUUCUAAUUCCUCAUCACAACUUCUAUUCCUUGAUCUCUCUGGGAAGAAUUAUCUAACUUGCUUCGUAUUUCAAUGGUUAUUCAACUCUACUACAAGCCUUGUUGAUCUUGACCUCAGUUAUACUAGCGGGUUACAGUGCUCCAUUCCAGAUGGUUUUGGUAGCCUAAAUUCUCUUCAAACACUAAAUCUUGCGAGAAAUCAACUUGUUGGUGGCAUUCCAAAAUCCUUUUGGCAUUUAUGCGCCUUAGAGUCAUUGACUCUUUCGUAUAACAAUCUUAGUGGAAACCUUUAUGAAUUUAUGAGUAAUGUGUCGGGUUGCUUGGUGGACUCCUUGCAGAAGUUUCAAAUAAGCAAUAAUAGAUUCACGGGGUCAUUGCCGGAGAGUAUUGGAAACCUAUCCAAUCUUCAGACGUUGAAUGUUUCUGAGAAUUCCCUUACAGGGGUGAUCACUGAAGCCCAUUUUUCAAAUCUCAUCAAACUCAAAGAGUUAUAUUUAGGGUUCAAUUCUUUGAUUUUGAGAUUUAGCUAUGAUUGGGUUCCUCCAUUCCAACUGGAUGUUAUUUAUUUGAGCUCUUGCAGAUUGGGAUCAGCUUUCCCAAAGUGGCUUCAAAGUCAAAAGAAUUAUAACAGGCUUGAUAUUUCUAAUGCUGGAAUUUCUGACAUUAUCCCUGCUUGGUUUUGGGACUUCCCCCCCAUGUUAUUCUAUUUAAAUAUGUAUAACAAUCAGUUACAUGGGAACUUGCCAGACUUUUCAUCAUCCAGACUUAGUGACUUUGCUAUUAUAGAUUUAAGCGCCAACCGUUUUGAUGGUUCAAUACCACCUUUUCCAUCGAAUGUGUCGUCACUAGACCUAUCGAAUAAUAGGUUUUCUGGACCAGUUUCCUUCCUAUGUAAACUCAAUACUCCAACGUUAUUGGAUUCUUUAAACCUCUCAAACAAUACAUUGUCUGGAGAGCUUCCAAAUUGCUGGACAUAUAUUCGUGACUUGGUUGUUCUUAAUUUGGCCAACAACAAUUUCUAUGGGAAAAUACCAGACUCAAUCGGCUCCCUCGUCUCGAUUCAACUUUUGCAUUUAAGCAACAAUGGAUUUGUUGGAAAUAUACCGAUGUCCCUUCAGAAUUGUAGCGAGUUGAUAACCAUUGACUUGGGAGCAAAUAACUUGAAUGGAAUGGUACCUCCAUGGAUUGGUAAUAGUCUACCAAAUUUGGUUAUUCUUAACCUACGAUCUAAUCAGCUUUACAGAAGGUUGCCUUUAAACAUAUGUCUUCUAUCACAUAUUCAAAUCUUGGACCUUUCGUUGAACAAGAUCGAGGGAACUAUUCCAGAAUGUAUCUACAAUUUGACUGCAAUGUCUCGUACCAUGGAUACAAAUUCAAGUGCCAUAUACGUGUAUAUUAUGGGAAGAGGAUCUUAUAUAGAGUAUGCAUCCUUGGUAUGGAAAGGAAGAGAGUUUGUGUUCAAAAAUUCCUUGGGACUUGUGAAGAUGAUUGAUCUUUCAAAUAACAAAUUACAUGGAGAGAUUCCAGAAGGAAUUACUAAUCUUACAGAACUAGUUGCCUUGAAUUUAUCGAGAAACAAUUUAUCUGGAUUAAUCACUCCGAGGAUCGGUUUGUUGAGAAAUUUGCAGUCUCUUGAUUUAUCUAGAAACCAACUUUAUGGUGAAAUUCCAAUCAGCAUUUCCAACUUGUUGGACUUGUCCGCCAACAACUUAUUAGGAAAAAUCCCAACAGGAACUCAAAUACAAAGCCGCGAUGCUUCUGCAUUUUUGGGAAAUCCUAAACUAUGUGGCUCUCCACUUCCAAACGAGUGUUUAGAAGAUCUUCAUCCAAAUUACAUUAACACUCGGGGCCACAAGAAGGAAAAUGAUGAUGAUGAUGGAUUUAUAACUAAAGGAUUUUAUGUUGCUGCAACUCUCGGAUUCAUUGUUGGAUUUUGGGGUGUGUGUUGCAUUUCAGUGCUAAACAUACGGUAUAUAAUGAAGGGUCUCAUUUCCAAUGCUCGAAUGAUAUUAGCAUAG